AUGUGCGGCCGAUACGCGCUCGCGCUGAGUAACGAGGAAGUCUAUGAUGGGCUUCAAAAUCAACUGCCGAGAUUGACGCAGGGUGGUCAACCAAGAUGGGAGAGGCAGGAUGACUAUAGGGCAGGCAACUACAAUGUCGCUCCUAGGCAAAGAAUGCCGAUUGUUCACCGUGAUCCCGAGGAUUCAGAUCGCGUUGUGUUGCACACAGCACAGUGGGGACUUAUACCACAUUGGACGAAACACCCGCCAACCACACCGCUGAACACGAUCAACGCGCGCUCGGAAUCGCUGCUCGAGCCGGGUUCGGGUGGGAUGUGGCACGCUCUCAAGGGAUACAAGCGAUGUAUCGUUCCUGCUCAGGGCUACUACGAAUGGCUCAAACGCCCAUCAGCCAAGAUCGCCCAUUUUACCCGUAUACCGCCUCCCACACCUUCCGACCAGUCCCCUCUCAUGUUCAUUGCCGGCCUGUACGAUACUGUCAAGUACGCCUCGCCCGUCGAAUCCCACUUCACCCCGUCCGGGCCGGAAGAUACGCGCAUACCAUACCCCACCGGGAACCCAGAACCCCUCACGACAUUUACGAUUCUCACAACGAGUCCACCCAAGGACUUUAUGUGGCUGCAUGACCGGAUGCCUUGUAUCUUGACGGAAUGGGAGGCCGUGGAGAGAUGGCUCGAUCUUGGGGAGGUGAAGGGUUGGGAAGAGGGCAAGGCGGGGACGGGGCAGGUUUUGAAGGGGAUGAGUGGGCUGGAAGCAUAUCCAGUACCUCCAGAAGUCGGCAAAGUCGGCACCAACUCUUCUACCUAUAUCGAGCCGGUCUCGGAGCGGGCAGAUGGUAUCAAGUCGUUCUUCGCCAAACAGAGCCCAGCCAAGCCGAAGCCCUCACCAUUUGCCUCAUCAACGACCGUGUCGAGGCGCAAGGGGCAGGAGGCGGAUAAGGACGAAGGACAGCUUUCGACUACGAUUGUUGAGGGCGAUACGGAGGUGGGGCUCGGGGAUGACUCGAAUGCGCCUAAUCCCGAGGUCAAGGCGGAGGAGGGGGUAAAGGCGGAGGAACGGUCGACGCCGGGAAAGCGGAAGCGGGCAAAGGAGGAGGAGAAGCCGGACCUUGACGAGGAUGACGGCAAGAAGGCGAAACCAAAGAGAGCUGGACAUCAGAUUGAGGUGGUCCGUCGUAAAGAUGCGGACGAGGGGUCGAAAAGCCAACCAUCCAUCACCAAUUUCUUUGGAUCGCCGUCGACUACAAAGGCUGAUAGCUCAGCUGGAAGCGGGGUAAAAACUAGAGGGAGCGCAAAGGAGGCCAAGAAGUGA